AUGAGCUCGCAAAAGCGGCCUGGAAGCAACUGGAAUGCGCUGCAGCGCAAGAUCUCUCAUGGCAAAGGACGCAAGCCCAGCGUGCGCAAAGCGUCGACGACGUCCACGACGACCCCUACUGCCAUGGCGGCGACGCCUACGAAGCCGACGACCUCUGACGAGACUACGAGCCUGCCGUGGUUCGCGGACGACUUGACGGAGGAGGAUCUGGCGAUGGCGAUGAAAGCGCCUGCUACUACGGCGACGGAGACCAAGCAUGUCCAAGCGCAAGCCACACAAUGGGAGGGCUACUUGGACGAAGCGACAAAGAAGCGCGUCAUUCUGGGCGACGAAGCGGAUAUGACGGCCGAGAAGCGCGAGGCGGGGCACUAUGUGGCGAUUGACUGUGAGAUGGUGGGGGUGGGCCCUCGUGGCUCCGGCUCCGCGUUAGCGCGUGUAUCGAUUGUCAACUGGCACGGCCACGUCUUGCUGGAUCGAUUUGUGCGGCCCAAAGAGCUGGUCACGGAUUAUCGUACGUGGGUCUCGGGUGUGCGACCGAAGGACUUGCGCAAUGCGCCCUCGUUUGAGCAAGUCCAAGCGGAGGUGGCUGCGCUUCUCAAGGGGCGUGUCCUGGUCGGCCAUGCGAUCGACAACGACUUGAAAGCAUUGCUGCUCUCGCAUCCGCGACCGCAGAUUCGCGAUACCUCGACGUUCCAGCCACUGCGUGACCUCGCAGGGACGAAGCACCCAGGUCUACGGACGCUUACGCGCCUGGUCCUGGGCGUUGAUAUCCAGAAAGCCGGGCAAGAGCAUAGCUCGGUGGAAGAUGCACGUGCGACCAUGGCCGUGUUUCGCACGCAGAAGGACGCGUGGGAAAAGAUGCUUGCGCAGCACCGAGCGCCACGCAAGCGUGCCUCGUCGCAUUCGCUGAAGCAUGCGCGGCCCAAGUCGGCGGCGUCCUGGUGGGCCGAGGAAGAUGCGUCGUGA